AUGAAGAGGAACAGCUUUUCUCAUUCAAGGACACGUACAAACUCGUCGUCGUCAUCGGCGUCGAGCUCGCUGCUGUCGCCGGUCGGGAUGCAGCGAACUGGAUCGGAUACUUCGUCGCCAGCUGUGACCGGGACUGCGGGCUCGGGACAGUCUGGUGCCGUUCAGUUUGGGUCUCAGGGUCCUCAGGGGGGUGGUUACACUUCGUCACCCGGAGUUAUUGGUAAAAGACAGUCAAUGGGAUCGAUGACUUCGUCUUCGCGGCUGGGAAGUAUUCAGUCGGGCAAUUCACCGAAUAACAGCAGUCCGUCUGAGGCCGCUGCUAAGGCUGCUACUCUCAAGACAUCAGCCGGGUUCGCUAACAGCAGCAGCAGCAAUAACAAUAACUACCAUUACAAUAACAAUAACAACUACAAUAGCAAUAACAGUGGUAUAAAUGGGCUCGGUGCUGGCAAUUUCAAUGCUACUGCCAACAGCAUCAACUUCACGGGUGGUAAUAGCGGAGCUCAUGGCACUAGUGGUUCUAGUGGUGGUAUGGGCUCUGGCGGGACCGUGAGCCAGUAUCCGAACACUUCAGUCAAUCUCGGCAUGGAAAACAGCUCGGGAUAUGUGUAUUCAGAUGGUGGAUCAGGACUCGGACUGCCAAUAACUCCGUCGGCAUCGAUUUUGUCGUCCCCAGGUGCUGCCAGUGGGAAUAGUGGUAGUAGCUCGGGAAGUAGCAGGUCCAGUAUCGCAAGAAACAAGAUUUCCGCAGCAGCAGCGGCUUCAGCAGCUGUAUUUGCAUCCAAACCAAAAGAAAGUGCUCUUUCGAAAGCCAAAAUGUUCGCAAGACAGGCCACUAAACCACAUUCACAUACUUCAGGCGGCGGGUCUGGGUCGUCUUCUUCCUCGUCUCGUAAAAAGAAUGUCGUUGAUUUGACUAUACAAACAAGCUUGCCGCCAAUAUCGGGCCGUCCUUCUAUCAGUGAAAGGUCUCCACUGGCCAGACCGUCUCGUGAACUCGAGAGAAUAGCGUCUAUCGGAUCGUUGAGUACUAUAAUGGCCAGUGACCGGACGUCUACUACAUCAGGAACAGCAGCUGGUUCGAACAAUGCAUCCAAUGGAGCACUGAGUGGAUUGAAUAACGGGUCGAAUUCGACAUUGAUUGGCUCGUCGAGUUCGAUUAAUGGCAUUGUUGGUGGAACUGGUGGUGGUGCUGGUGGAUCUGGAAGUGUGAUUGGAAAUGGCGUUAGUGGUGGAGGUGUUGGUGGAAGUAGUGGAGCAGGUGCAAGUGGAGGAGUUGGUUCGGGAGGAAGUGGGGUAGGAAGUUCAGUUUCUAGUGAGAAAAUCAAGCACCAUUUGACAUUCCGACCUCGAAAAGAUUCGCAUGGGUUGUCUUCUUCGUCGUCGAACUCGAAACUGAUUUCUGAACAAGGCAGUAUUUACUCGUUCAACCCAUCGAGCCCUGGUGUAGUAGAAUUGAAAAACAUGGGAACGAAGGAAGAACGAGACCAGGUGCUUGACAGAUCAUGGUCACUUUUACGAUCACGAGUUAUAGGACUCUUUUCUGGGGACGGACUGAGAGUGCCUGUAGAGGAUUUGAAUAACCUGAUUCUCAUGCACAUGAGCAUUCUGAUCCAACAGGGCAGUUCAGCCACUGCCCGACUGAUCAUGAACGAGUUCAAAGAACUUCUUCGUGCUGGCAUGUACUCAUUUGAAGUGAAUCUCGUCAAAUCCGACAAUACCGUUAUUCUUCCAAACCUCGUCAAACUGUGGGUAUUCUUCUUCACUGACGUACUUCCAUACCUCGAAGCCAUCUUUCUACCUCUUCAAUGUGAAUUUCAAGGAACAGGCAAACUUCUAUCACCAGACAACGCACCUCCUUUCUGGAAAGACAUUGCCGCCAAAGACCCCCUCGACACCCGUCGGUUCAUUCUCAUGAGUUUCCGCGACCACGUCAUCAUCCCCGUAACUUCACGUCUCGAAUCAGCCAUCACCGUCGACUCGCUCGACUUCAACAGCUCGACCUCGUCUUCACUCUCAGACCUCGCUGUCCGCAUUCUCCAGUGCAUCAACGUCCUGUCGCUCAUCCAAUCCAGCAACUCUCACCAGGCGCAAAUCGACCACCUGGCCCUUGUCGUCCGCAAAAGCUGGCUCAGCAGACCCCGAGCGGGCAAAGACCGUCGCGGCGUGGUCAUGAGCCGCCGAUGA